UAUGUAAUUAAGAAGUGGUGUACUUAAGAAGCCCCCUACAAGAAAUUAUAUCUCAGGUUAUUAAAUAUUCUAUGCAUCAAAAUUACCUGAAUUGAAAAAGGAGGGCAAAUUUCAAGUUGGAGAUGCAGGUCAUAAAAUUUCAGAAAUGUGGAGAGGUUUAGAUGAUGAUGAAAGGUAAAAAUUUGAGGAUUAGUUUCAUGAAAUGGAAUCCAAAUAUAAAGAAGACUUAAUAUUAUAUUAUGGAGGGAACACACAAGACAUUAAAAAAUAUAAAGCAUUAAUGGAAAUUCCAGAGAAACCUAGAAAACCUGCUUCUGCAUGUUUAGUUUAUAUUGCAGAACAUAGGAAGGAUUUCAGCAAUGAAAAUCCUGAUAUGAAUAUGGCAAAAGUGACAAAGGUUUUGGCAGACAAAUAUAAUGUUCUUCAAACUAAAGAUAAAAAAAAAUAUGAGGAUGACUUUUAAAGGAAAUUAGAAUAGUACCAUAAAGAAAUAGAGAAUUGGUAAAAGUAAUAAUUAAUAUUUAAUAUUAUAGAAAAUUUGCUGAAAAAUAAGAAUAAUUUGAUAAAUUGAUUGAAGAAAAAUUUAAACGAUCUGCAUCAAAAUAAGAUUUAGAAUAUAAAGAAUUACCACCAUAUAAAAGAGGACCUAAAAAAAUGAAGGAUGAUGAUGAAACAGCUGGAGUAAAGGUAGAAGUUAAAGAAAAAGAAAUGAAGAAGGAUGAAAAAAAAAAUGAAAGAAAAGAAGAUAAAAAAGAUGAUAAGAAAGAUGAUAAAAAAGAUGAAAAAGAUAAGUAUAUAUAUAAAAUCAAUAAUAAUUUAGUAAAAAAAAUACAAAAAAUACCAAAGAUGAAGGUAAAAUUGUAUAAAAUAAAGGAGAAUCAAAGAAAUAAAUGGAAAAAGAUUAAAAAGAUGGAUAAAUGAGAAAAAAAUCUGCUUAAAGAAGAUGUUGA